CCGGAUCCCAAACACCCUUGCAGGAUGACAAGUCGGCGAGGAAACGAACCGAGGACAAGAGCAAUAGCAUCUGUAUUUUAGAAUGAGCAAAGACGGAAGACAAAAAAGAUGUGGUUGUUGAAGGCACUUAUUUCGCUGCUUUUGGUCCAAUAUCUGGCCGCCACAUGCAACGUGUGCCAAAAUGAAAGCAAAGUGGCUUGUCACAGUGAAACCACCUUUUCCAUCUGCUACGACGGAGAGCCUUCGUAUGAUCUUCUGUCAUGCCCUGAGAAUUCCUAUUGCACCGAUGGUUUCUACACUUGCUACCAGAAUGCCGAUCCAGUUUGCAAAUCAGAAGAGGACACCACAACCACUGAGGUCCCGACUACCACGACCACUACGACUACGAUUCCGACUACCACCACAACGGAGGGUCCAUGGAAUGCCGAUGAAAUAUGCCAGCUAGCCACUAAAAGCACCUCUUAUGAAAACCUAGAUGAUCCCACCUGCACAACUUUUAUAAGAUGUACAGUUUCCGAUGGAAGCCAUUCUACAAAAGUGGCUUUGUGUCCGGCAAAUCAGUAUUUCAGUACAAGCUUGACUGUGUGUACAAGCACAAAACCGGCCGGAUGUGUGGAGGUGACAACGACGGCGGUACCCACAACCACUGCAAAAACAACAGUGACCACAACCACAGCAGAACCCUGGAGUGCCGAGGCCACCUGCUUGACUGUUACGGAGUCCACUUCUUUUAUAAACCAAGACGAUCCCACCUGCAACACCUUUCUAUAUUGUUAUGUUUUAAAUGGAUCAGCUACGGCUUUAAUAAAAAAAUGCCAACCGAACAAAUAUUUUAAUGACACUUUAAAAGGCUGUGACACCAAAAAGCCUGAUUAUUGCACAUAGUUUUAAGGCUUU